AUGGAGUCUCCCGUAAAGCGCCAGCGAUUAAACCAUACACCAACAAGUCGUCUUCAGCAUGAGGACGACGAGCUCGACUUUGAAUCCGAGAAUGUCGAUCAUCAACGAGACUCCGGCCUCCAGCUCGCAGAGUCCAGGGCCUUCGCUGCUUACAAGCUCAAGUCGACAUUCGAGCACAUUUUUGAAAAGUACGAACGAGACUUCACAGGAAUUGGAGAUGAGAUCGACCUACGAACAGGAGAGAUCGUUGUCGACAAUGGCCACAUCCAACAAUUGGGCCUAGGCGGCGUGGAUAGUUUUCUUGAAGAAGACGAGGGCAUGCUUCUGGAAGAUGCGUUUGUGACUUCUGAUGAAGAAGAUCAUGGGCAAGGGCAACCUGGCUUCUCUUCAAAGCCACAACCGCGCGACACUUUGCGGCCAGGGGAAGGAGAGGAGCCUCGAGCUUCAGAGCACCGACAACCGCCGCCACUCAGCCCAACCCAAGCGGCUGCCACUUCGGCACUCCAAGGCGGAGAAGGCCCCGAGCCUUCAACACCGGGCGGUCUUGGAACUGAGCACAGGCUCUCAAAAGUAGCGUUCUCUCGACAUGCCCCUCCACGCUCCUCGUCCUUGUCUCGAGGUGCAUGGGGCCCAGACCAUGGUGCUACAGAUCCGCUUUGGAGGACGCCACGGCUGCCUUCACCGGGAUUUAGCGAUGAUAUCACGUCCAAGUUUCAAGGCAUGAGGUACAGUGUCCCUGUCGCCGAGAAUGAGGAGUCUAUCUGGUCGCUGGCUCCGGCCGAUAUGGUGUGGCCUCUGAGCCCGUACAAACCUGCUCCAUCGCCUUCAAGCCGUCACUGCAAGAGUCCCCGAGGCACUGCUAAGACGGGGCAGCGCAGGCCUUCUCUUGUACCAGCAGAUGGGCAGGACGAGGAUGAGAUUCUUUCUCAUGUUGGGACCGGAUCGGCGGCUACAAGUCCAAAUAAAUCAAAAAUCUCCCAAUCGACACCGAAGAAUCAAGAAGUCAAUGGGCAAAAUCGUGGGGAAACGAAACAGUCGGACGAAAGCAAACACAGUCGUACAGGAAACCCAGCUAAAGAGCGAAAAAAGCCUCCAGGAAAGGCGAAAGGCAUCAGACCCGUGGGUCGACCUCGAAGUAAGACUGCAAUCCCUGGCGUCAAAAUCAGCAGCAGGGCCAACACCACGCCGCUAGAUCAAACUUCACAGCUUCACGUCGCGCUGGUCACCGCCAAGAGAGGGCCUGGCCGGCCCAGGAAAAACACUUCUCAUGAAGUACCGCAACUGAUACCAGAGCAUACCAUCCCUCAGUCGACACUCCCCGUUCAGGUAGACGAGCCACCUCGGAAGUCCAAUGUUCAGCAGCUCGUUAUCGAGCUUCCCAGGCGACCGGAACCACCGGGGCUAACAGAGGUAGGCGACAUAGCCUUUAAAUCACCUCCUCGGAGCACCGAGGAGAAUACUACGACUCAUAUGUCACAGACGAAAGCAAAUGCGUCUCCGCCAAGGAUAGAGCACGUCGCGUCGAGUAUCCCUGACUCUCAAGCGUUGAGCUCCCUGUCCUCUUCAGCCCCCGCAAUAGAGCCACCUGCAGAAGCGAAGCCUCGAGAAACGGUUGGCAAAGCGUUGACAGAAAGCUACCAAAGAAACGAAGUUGAUCCUUCUUACGAGUUCUCCGACGAAGAGAGUGGAAUUCCGCUUGCGAAAGGUGUCACUGGAAAGCCUGACGCGCGUUCUCGAUCUGUACAAACUUCCGACUCGUCGAAUGUAGCACUACCAAGAGAAUCAGAAGCUGCAGCUGCAUCCGGAAAGACACAGGCGCAUACUGUAGAAGGAGAACAGAGAAUGGUUGAUUUGCCUACACCAGAGGUUUCUGUGCCUCCAGGUAACCCAAGUAAGGGGGGAGACCGUACCGAAGUCUCGACUAUACAGGAGGACCCGGCCGGAAAGGCUGCGACGCCACCUCAGGUCAAGAAGCCAGAAUCUGCAGCUCAAGAUUUGUCCCUCAACGCGGCAAUCGAUUUGCCGUCUCAAGUAUCAAACGAGCGUACAAGUCGGCCAACAGAACAGUCAGAGCCUGCGAUAGCUGUCGAAUCGGCGCCUGACUUACCAACCGACUCUAGCGUUUUGCCACCCUUGCAGCAGACUUCAAAGGACGAGCAAUCGACGCAGAAGAAAACUUUCCUUGAGGUGCCUGAUUCAGAUUGCCUUGAUGAUAACCUGGAAUCAUCACUACGGGAGGUAUCACAGUCCCUCGCGUCGACUCAGGACAAAGACUUUGCCGUCCAGUCUCCCACGUUGCCGCUAGCUUCUGAAACUAUCUGCAGCUCCAAGAAGAAGAAGACGAAGCAGAGGAAGAGAAAGACGAAGACAUGCAUUCCUGUUUCCGAAGAAGAGCACUCGGCUAUCGUACAGCUCUCACAGGCACCACAAGGAGAAGCCGAUGUCGUGGGAGCCGACAUUCCCAGAAGUUCGCCGUCCGCGUCCAGCAACAAAGAACCCGAGAAGCAGAAGAACAGCACCGGCAAAACCACAGCCCCUCAGGCUCAAAUACUGACGCCUCAGAGACCUUCGUCCCGCCGCAGCAUCCUCUCCCUCCGCCCUGGAGAUGCCGAAGAAGACGAGAUCUCAUUGAUCCUCGAUUCCUGGUCUACCCCCAGAACAGAGUCCGCGUUACCCCCUCGGGUGGUGAAUUUGUCUUCCAUCCGCAAGAGUACACUGGCCAAACUCGCCGGCUCCUCGCCGCUGCGCAGUCGCGGCAGUAUCAUGUCUCCGACAGGCCUCGUGGCCAGCGGCGGCGGAGGCAGCGGGCUGCGCUUCCGCACGGCCCGGGAAGGCUUUGGCGGGAUGAGCACGCCGACCAAGAGGAAGCGACUUGCGUCUCCAGGAAGCCAAGCGGGGUCGCUUAUUCGGACGCCUGGUGGACAGCUGCGCAGGUGCGGCGUGGAUGGUUUCAGCUGUGACAGGGACUUCUGCUUCACCUGCCUCCAAGGAUAG